AUGGAUUCGAAUGAUAAACAAAGCUAUUAGAGCGAGUAAAAACAAGGAAACUUGAAUUCGACUUUAACCUCCAAAGUUGGGAAGGUUUUGUAGAUACUAGCUUAGUUGGGAGAUUAAGUGCAGACUCCUUAAGUUAUUUCUCCAUUCCACUCGACAAUACCAACAAACAUUCCCGUGCAGCCGUAUUUUCUCUACGUUUCGAUCAAUUCAGGAUUGAGUGACCAGCAAGCAAUUGUGAGUCUUAUCUUGAUCGAGAGAAUUUGCAACAUGGCAAUGCAAAGAGGCAUUCACUUGGUUAUAAAUUCUUUGACAAUUCACAGACUCAUUCUUGCGUCUAUCUUACUCACAUCGAAGUUUUACAAUGACAUUUUCUAUGGAAAUCACUUCGCUGCCUACAUAGGCGGAAUUCAGUUGGAUGAGAUGAACUUGCUUGAGUCAGAAUUUUUAAAUUAUAUCAAUUGGAAGCUGUGGGUAGAGAUCGAGGAGUACGACUAUUAUCUAAAAGGGACUAGAUUCAGAGCUCCAAUCCUAGGGUGCUGCAACUAUGAAAGCAAACAUUUGAACUUGUACAGAGAGAAAGCCUUGUUCAUCUAACUUAAGUUCCGUAUCUUUUAAACCUUCAGAGUACGGAUUCAUAUGAUUUGA